GUGGCUCUCGGAAGUGGCGGCGGGGGCGGAGUUUCCAGUUCCGGGUGAGGACGGGGGGGCGGCGGGAGCGCGGAGGGGCCGCGGAAGGGCCCCCCAACAACUCCGUCCCUGCGGAUCCAACACCUCCUGCUUUGGGGGGUCCCGGCUUGUGGGGGGGGGGGCCUGGACGAGUGUCCCCCCCCUUUCCUGAGCCCCUGGCCCCCCAGGAAGAGGAGGAGGAGGAGGAGGAAGGAAUGGCGGCGCCGUGGCGGGUACUGGAGCCCGCCCAAAAAUCCAUAAAAAUUUACUGAUCCCACCUUUUCUGCCCCCAAAAGGAGCUUUGCCUGGGCGACAGUCAGGCCAAAGGCUCCCACACCAUGGCUCAGGCGAGUCUCCUGGCCUGUGAGGGGCUCUCGGGGGUCUGCCUGGUCCCCACAGUCGCCAGUAAGAAGAUGAUGCCCAAGGCUGGAAAACAGGACGGGAACCGGGAAAGAGGCUCCAGCCCUGACCUGCUGUCCCUCCGCCAAGACCCCGACAAGCCCCGCGCCCGCAAGGACGACGACACCCCCGAGGCCUCCAACCCCAAGAAAUCCAUGAAAAAGCGCCGCAAGCGGGUUCCCAGCGCCGAGGGACCCCCGAGCUCGUCCCGCCGCUCCCAGUCCCAGAUGGUGGUGAUCGAGCAAAACGGGUCCUUCCAGCUCAAGAACUUCAUCUGCGACCACUGUUUCGGGGCCUUUCGGAGCAGUUACCACCUCAAACGGCACAUCCUCAUCCACACUGGGGAGAAGCCCUUUGAGUGCGACGUGUGCGACAUGCGCUUCAUCCAGAAGUACCACCUCGAGCGGCACAAGCGGGUGCACAGUGGGGAGAAGCCCUACCAGUGCGAGCGCUGCAUGCAGAGUUUCUCCCGCACGGACCGGCUCCUGCGGCACAAGCGGAUGUGCCAGGGCUGCCAGGGCAAGAACCCCCCUGACUCCCAGCUCCUGCUGUGAAAUUCUGGGAAUUCUGGGGGUGCUGGAGGAAGGGGGAGCCUCCCUCCUGCACCCCCCACUCUCUGCAUCCUCUGCUUCACCCGGAUUUUUCACCCUGAGCUGAGAACUCCUAAAAAAACCUGGAGCGUUCCCAGUGUGAAAAACUCGGAUCUUUCCCAACCUUCUGACCUAAAAACUGGGAUAAUGAGCCCAAAAAUCCUCCUGGAAUCUUCAAGCUGUGCCCUCCUCAUCGUUGGAUCCCUAAAUCCACCCCACAUUCCCCCAUAGGACAGACUGGGACCCCCCAAACUGCCCCAAAUCCCAGCAGGUUUGGGGUACCUAGGACACAGGUAGGAGGGUCCCGCUGGGAAUGAAAUCUCCAAACCUGCUUUUUUGGGGGGAAAAAGGAGGAAAACUGAGGAUUUUGGGGGGUGUCUUGGCUUCGGGAGGGUGGCAAAUUCCCCCUUUUUAUGGAAAGCAGAAAGAAAAUGAGGAACUUGGGGGUGUCCCUGUUUUGGGACUCAGCAGCACUUCCCAUUCCCUCUGGAAUUCCUGUGUAUUCCAGGGACGUUUCCCCUGUUUCCAUGUGGUUUUGGGGGGGCUCCCUGUGUCUCCCCCUGCACCUGUGGCGGGGGCUGCACCCGGGGGGGGGGGCAAAGGGACCCCCAUUUCCCAGAAAACCCCAUUCCCAGGGGGAGGAAAAUCCUGGAAACCUCCGUUCUCUGGGGUGGGAAAACCAUGGAUCUGCUGAGGGGGAGUGGUUGGAAAAUCCAGGAUGCCCCAAAAAACUCUGGGGGUCCCCCCAGUGUUCCCCCCCACAUUUUGGGGGUCUCAUGCCUCCCCCAAUCACAGACUGCUCCAAGGGGGGACAAAGCUGAUGAAUUUUGCCCCCCCCCCAGUGACACUUCGAAAAAGGCUUUGGCUCUACUGAGCCCCCCCCGCUAAAUUUGGGGGUCAGGGAGGGUGGUU